CAGUUGUAGUCUUGGUGCAAACCACGCGCAUGUUUAUCAGCGCAGCGCAAUUAAGCAUUGCAUCGUGAUAAUAAAACAUGUCACCUUGGUGCGAGCAGUGAAGUCUAGAGACUAAUGUCCGUGGUAGUAAUAUGCCAUAUUUCUGUAAUGGAAGUUAGUUAAUUGCAUGUAAGUGGUGAACUUCAGACAUUCCUAAUGUGUUUCGAAAUCACAAUACCGGGCACUUUGAAGUACGUUUUAACAUUGGGGCUCGUUUAAGCACAAAGUGACGGUGUAGGGUGCUGCCAAUCUGUGGCCUCGUUCUUUUAAAAGGCAGCUUUUACCUUCACUAAACGGAAGCUGGCCGUCGUGUUGGAAGUGAAACGAGAGCAAUUUGUUCAAGAUAGUGCACACUUGACAUAGUUAUGGACAGUCGUGGGGUGAAUUAUGUGUCAUGUGUGGUAGUAGUGGUGUUUGUAUUUUCAUCAGUGGUUCAGGCGCUGGAGAAUGGGCUGGCCCGGACUCCACCCAUGGGCUGGCUCUCAUGGGAACGUUUUCGAUGCAAUACAGACUGCAAGAAUGAUCCUGACAAUUGUAUAAGUGAUCGUCUGUUCCGCACUAUGACUGAUCUCGUAGUGUCGGAAGGCUAUGCAGCUGUAGGAUAUGAGUACAUCAACAUCGAUGACUGCUGGCUGGAGAAAGAUCGAAGUUAUUCAGGUCAACUUGUACCCGACAGACUGAGGUUCCCGUAUGGUCUUCAUGAUCUUUCAAACUAUGUUCAUGGAAAAGGGCUGAAGUUUGGAAUCUAUGAGGACUAUGGGAACUACACAUGUGCAGGUUAUCCAGGAGUGUUGGGUUACUUGGAAACUGAUGCUGAUACCUUCGCCAGUUGGAACGUUGAUUACGUCAAACUGGAUGGCUGUUAUUCCCAUCCUCGUGACAUGGACAGAGGAUACCCUGAGUUUGGCUUCCAUUUGAACCGAACUGGACGGCCCAUGGUCUACUCCUGCAGUUGGCCUGUAUAUCAGAUUUAUUCUGGAAUGUCGCCAAAUUACUCAUCAAUUGUUGAGCACUGCAAUUUGUGGCGUAACUUCGAUGACAUCCAGGACUCGUGGGCGAGUUUGGAGAGCAUUAUUGAUUACUAUGGGAACAAUCAGGAUAACAUUGUCCCAAAUGCAGGACCAGGACAUUGGAAUGAUCCAGAUAUGCUGAUUAUCGGGAACUUCGGAUUGAGCUAUGAACAGAGUAAGACACAGAUGGCUCUGUGGGCCAUCCUAGCUGCACCACUCCUGAUGUCUGUCGAUCUGCGUACAAUUAGACCCGAGUACAAGGCUAUCCUCCAAAACAGGAAGAUCAUUGCUGUAGACCAAGAUCCUCUUGGCUAUCAGGGGCGUAGAAUAUAUAAGAAUAAUGGAAUUGAAAUAUGGGCAAGACCCAUAACACCUGUAUACCAGAAUUAUUUCUCAUAUGCCGUGGCCUUCUUGAAUCGCCGCACUGAUGGAACACCAUCUGACGUUGCUGUUACUUUAAGAGAGCUGGGCCUCUCAAACCCAGGUGGCUACAGUGUUGAGGAUCUGUAUGAAGACGUGAACUAUGGGGUCUUAACACCACUUACUAAGAUAAAAGUGAAAGUAAAUCCAUCUGGUGUGGUGAUUUUGCGUGCUGAUGUCCAACCUGGACGACCAUUUGCUGCAGCCCAAGAGACACAGUAUGACCCAUAUCAAGUGUUUCAGUAUAGAUCAGGUGGUAUCUAGGUACCUGAUUGGGA